AAAGAAACUAUAACAUAACCUCCAACAAAAUAUAGUGAGAGGUUAUAUUUUCGUCUGAGAUAUGGGAACUUUAACUAGGGCUCUGCAAAGGCUGUGCAUCUCGGAACUAUCCGCAGCUCCAAAGCUGAUAAUUCCAGUUCGUCACAGGAAGUAUGUGGAGAAGCCUACACCUGGUUUGGGCAUCAGUUACAGGAGGAUUGUGCAUUAUCCGGAGGAGUACACAGUGAAACCUUUGGAUGUGACGAAUCUGGGUGGACGUGAUCCUGUUAGCGGUAGAUUGGUGGCAAAAGGUAUUGGGGGUGGCAUCAAACAUAAAUUCCAUUGGGUGCAAUGGAAGAGGGAGGGACCAAAGGAAGGUCCACCAAAGGUUGAGAAGGUUGUCAAGAUAAUUGUGGAUGGAUGCCGGACAUCUCACAUUGCUUUGAUUGCCCAUGAGAAUGAGCUCAAAUACUAUUUGGCUACAGAGAAUAUGAAGCCUGGUGAUUUGAUCAGGACUUCGAUGCAUAUUCCUAGGAUUCCAGUGAGAGCUUAUGAAGGUGAUUCUUAUCCCUUGGGAGCAUUAUCUAUUGGCACUCAGAUCAACAGUGUUGAGAAGUAUCCAGGAUUGGGUGGAUUCUUGGUGCAUGCAGCUGGUGCGUAUGCCACAAUUGUACGGAAAGCUCCUAACAAUAGGGUUGUAAUUCAAUUACCCAGCAAGAGGGAAUUUGCAUUACCUGAAGGAUGCAUGUGCACUGUAGGAAAGUUGAGUAAUGCAAUUCAUGGUUCAACUCCAAUUGGAUCUGCGCAGAGAAACAGGGAAUUGGGAAACAGGCCAAGAUCUGGUCUUUGGCAGAGGAAGAGCGGAAAGCACGGAAGGAAGAUCAGGAGAUUGCCGCCGGUUAAAGAAAUUACCAGUGGAAAUAACAAGAAACAGGAAAUUAUCAAAUUGAGCCUGGAUGGAAUUCACUGUUGAUUACAUAGAUAUUUUUAGUUAAUAAUAAAUUUACAUAAAUUAUUUGA